AUAAAAUUUUGAUCUUCCGCUCCUUUGAUAGGGGAAAUGGGAGGAGGCGAGGUCGAUUGUUCCGAUCGGGGACAGUGGUCUGUGGCGGAUUUCAUAAGGAAGGAGGUGCCUGAUUGGGACGACGAAGUUGUGGCAACUGCAAGGUUCAAGGCGUUUAGCGGCCAGAGGCCGGACUGGCAGCCUAGGUUCCUUUUUUGGAGAGACUUAAUCCUCAAGGUCGCUCGACAUCUUCAUCUCUUCAUCGUUCGCCCUUCUCAGGUGAAGAAUAUUUGGUUCAAUCGAGGAGGCUUGACCCCUUUGUGCCUUGACAGUGUGCUGCUUGAAAUGUACAAUGCUGGUGAUGUUUUGCGCACUUGUGAUCUUACAGACCCUAGAAGUGGAAGACUUUCCAGUGUUUUCAAGAAAGUAGUAAAUCUAAUGGCCUUUACUAGAUUAUCAUCUCAAGUAGAUAUUAUGGAAGAUGAUCUCAUUCUUGUGCCAUUACUGAAGGAUAAAGCUGCAGAAGUCAUCAAAACUAUAACUGAAAGCCAUUGGACUUCUUCAUGUAUUGUCACGAUGAAAAUGUUCACAGACAUUUGUGGAGACUCCAAAGAAGCAUAUGUUAUGCUGAGUUAUUUGUCAGGAUGUAGGAAAGCACAAUAUUUUUCAAUCAACAAGCAGGACUUCUUGGAGGGUGUUAAAGUGUCUCUUUCAUCCACUGCAGUUUCUACUGUCUCAACACUGGAUUUUGACAUGUUGCAUCUGAUUUCAACUGCUCAAAAGCUUCAGCAAAAGCUUGAUUUACUUGACCGGCGAUAUGAAAUAUCAAGGAAAUUGGCUUCGACUUCUCUAAAAACCGGGGAUAAGAAAGCUGCCUUGAGGCAUCUAAAGUGUUCAAAAUUGGCCUCUGAGAGUAGAGAAAAUUGCACUACCUUUCUGAGGAGGGUGGAGGAAGUCCUCUCAGUCAUUUCAGAAGCCGAAUCAUCGAAAAAGGUUUCUGAGGCCAUCCAAAUUGGUACGAAGGUUAUGAAAGAACUUAGGGUCAACCCCGAAGACAUUCAUGCCUCUCUUCAAGAAUUUGAUGAGAUGGUUGAUUCAUUGAAAGAGGCUGAAAUUGUCAUAGAAUCAGGUUCAUCAUACACAAGGAUUGACGAUGAAGAUGUUGAAGACGAGUAUAAGAAACUAGAGAUUGAAGUUGGAGAGUACUCACCACCUAUAAUAUCUGAGAUUGGGGCGACUACUACCAGUGUUGGAGGAACAGAUGCCAACGACUUGGGGAAUGCUGACUCAUGGAUUGAUGGAUUUUCGCGGCUCACUGUUGUGGACGAUGCUGAGGCAAGACUAGGGGAGAAGGAAAUGUUGAAAGAACUCGUGCUUGAAAGUGGUUAGUUAAUAUGGGUCAGUUUCUUCUUCCUUUUUACACAUACUAAUCAUUUGUGUUAUGAUUGGAUUCGUAUGAAGGAAAAUGUGUCCUAUGUAAAAGCAGUUUAUUAUAAAGAUUGUUUUGGUAACUGUUAUUUUCAAUCUAAUAUCUCUAUUGUUGUUUUCUAAACGAAAUGGUGACUGAUUUUUAGUUCUUUUUCAUUGAGGUUUUCAA